AGGAUGGAUUUGCAGCAUAUUCGGUCAGCUACAAGGGCGAGAUGACGCAAUUUUCAGCUACAGAGGUGGCAGCAAUGUUUCUCACAAAGCUGAAACAGGUCACUGAGGACUGGUGCGGAGCAAAGGUAGCAGAUGCCGUGAUUGCUGUCCCAUCGUCUUUCUCCGAUUUUCAGCGACAAGCUCUUCUGGAUGCCGCUUCUAUAGCAGACCUCAAUGUUCUCCGCGUAGUCAACGAUCACACCGCGACCGCGCUCGAGUAUGGUUUUUUCCGAAAUGCUAAUUUCGACGCAGAGAAGCCAACCACUGUUGCAUUUUGCCAAAUGGGUCACUCCAACUUCUCUGUUGCAAUUGUCCAGUUUUUGAAGGGCAAGCUGGAAGUGCUUUGUGAGAGAUCAGACAAGGUGGGUGGUCGUGACAUGGACGAAUGCCUCAUCCGAGCCUUUGCAGAACAGUUCAAGAAGAAGACAGGCUGUGAUGUGUUGACCAACAAGAAAGCUUGCUUCAAGUUAGAGGACGCAGUGGCGAAGACGAAGAAGAUACUCUCAGCAAACUCGGAGGCAGGGGUUUCCUGUGAGUGCCUAAUGGAAGACCAAGACUUUGGCAGCAAUGUCGAUAGGGACACCUUUCUGGACAUGUGCAAGCCGAUGAUGAGGAAGGUGAGCGACGUCCUCGAAGCUGCAAAAGCUGCAUGCAACAUGAGCGUUUCUUCCAUAGAUGCUGUGGAGAUUUGUGGUGGGGCUGCUCGAGUUCCAUGGGUCAAGGAGAUGUGUUCUAAAGCCUUUGGUGGGAAAGAGCUGUCAACGACAAUGAACGCAGACGAAUGUGUCGCACGAGGGUGCGCUCUUCAAGCAGCCAUACUGUCACCUCUCUACAAAGUGCGGGAAUUCAAAGUCGAGGACAGCACACGGUUUCCAAUCAGUCUUGGGUGGCAGAUGCCUGAUGGGAACAACGGCGCUGCCAAGGCCAUGUCUUCCGUUGUGUUCGCCGAGGACUCUGUCAUGAAUUUCAUGAAGGUCAUCACUUUCAGACGCAGGGCACCUUUCGAGCUCACAGCAGCAUACGCAGAUGAGAAGUUGCUUCCAAAUGGCACUCCCAAGGAUCUUGGCACCUACACCAUUGAUGUGCCGGUCCAGGAUGCCCUUAAAAAGGUAAAGGUCAAGACAGCUUUGACUCUUCAUGGCACCUUUUGCGUGCAAGGUGCCCAUAUUGUGGAAGAGCUUGAGGGUCUUGAGGAAGAGGAUGCACCUGCGGAGGCUUCAGAAGAUCACGAGGCCUCCAGGAAACGAAAAAAGAUCAGACGUGUCGACCUACACAUUUCAAAGAAAGGUUGUCCAGGACUUGGAGAGGAAGCGGUUCUUGCAGUAAGGGUUAAGGCUCGCGCAAAACGGUUGUCGUGGUCCUGGGGCACGUUGAAGAGAAGCAAGGAGAAGGAAGAGAAAAUGAUACAAGAUAUGCAGGAGGUUAUCGAAACCAAUGCAAGGAAGAACGACUUGGAAGCAUACAUCCUCGGCAUGCGUGGGGGCAUUGCUGAAGGUGGAAAGUAUGCUGCCUACGUCAAGGCUGACGAUGCUGCGGCACUGUCAAAGCAGCUGGAGAGCGCCGAGGAGUGGCUGUAUGACCACCCUGAUGAUCCAAAGGAAGCUUUCGUCCAAAAGCUCAAUGAGCUCAAGGUUCUUGGAGGACCUGUGGAGUCUCGUUACCGCAAUGACAUGCGGCGUCCAGAGCUGAUCAAUGCUUUGGAAGAGUCAAUCGUUCGAUUCAAGGCGGCUGCACAGAAGCCUACCCGGAGCAUCACGGACAAUGCGAAGCUUCAGGGCUUGGAGAAGACAUGUGAUGAGGUACGCAGUUGGCUCUCUGAUAUGAAGGAACAGCAGUCCAAGCUGUCCAAGCUGGAUGAUUCAAUCUUGACAACAGAAACUUUGGAGGCAAAAACGGAGGAACUCAUCAAAGUUGCUGAUUCCGUACUGGGGCAAAGCGACUCUGCUGCGCCAAACGGUUCAGGGAAAGCCGUGGAUGCAGACGCGACAGCUGGCCAUGGAAAAGGGUGA